AUGAUCUCCAAGCGAUAUGACCAUCUCCUGCGCUUGUUUCUGGUGGGAGAGACAGGGGUUGGGAAAACUUGUUUGCUAUGCAGGUUUUCUUCGGAUGAUUUCAACUCUUCACAUAUUUCAACAAUAGGUAUUGACUUCAAGACGAAGAUGAUUGAUAUUGAUGGUCAGACUGUGAAGGUGCAAGUUUGGGACACUGCAGGUCAGGAGAGAUUUGGGGCAAUAACCAAGCAGUUCUAUAGACGUGCACAGGGUAUACUACUUGUAUUUGACGUUUCCAGUAGAAAAUUUAUUAAUCUGUUCCAAGAUGGUUAA